GCCCUCUGUCUCAUCCCGCUCACUGGGCUUGGGUUGUUACAGACAAAGGGCAGAGUGAAUUUGUGGUUGUUGGCGUCCAAAGAAUGUCACUGAAGGAGUGUAGUUUUCAGUUAUCCAUUCAGUAAAUAUUUAUCCUUUGCUGUAUGCAAAGCGCUGUGCAUUCUGGGACCCAACUGUGAACAGGACCUACAUAGCCGCAGCCUUCGUGGGUACAGUUGGUAACAGAAAAACUAGUUAAAACAUGGCUAAAAGCUUACGGAGUAAAUGGAAAAGGAAGAUGCGUGCUGAAAAGAGAAAAAAGAAUGCCCCAAAGGAACUAAACAGACUUAAAAAUAUUCUCAAAGUAGAUGGUGAUGUUCUAAUGAAAGAUGUUCAAGAGAUAGCAACUGUUGUGGUACCCAAACAUAGCCAAGAGAAAAUGCCAUGUGAGAUGAACGGUGAAAAAGAUGACACGAAAAUGGAGACUGAUAUUAAGAGAAACAAAAAGAGCCUUCUAGACCAGCAUGGACAGUACCCAGUAUGGAUGAACCAGAGGCAAAGAAAAAAGCUGAAGGCAAAACGAAAGAAAGGAAAGGGAAAAAACAAAGCAAAGGCAGCGAAAGGUUUAGCCUGGUAGACUCUUAAAAACUUGAAAAUAUGCCACAUGGGGCAGAUAUUUGAUUAAAAUGUGUACAUUGAUUUCAGCUUCUACCAGGUGAAAAGUAUUUAUUUACAUAUGCUAACUUGGCCUUUUUCUUUGAUUCGAACCCGGUGCAAUUCAAGUUUGUUUGGGGAACUUGAAUAAAGUAUUUUCUUUGGUGAAUAAAAGCUAUACUGAUGUUUUAAUUGGAUAUUUUCCAGUAUCCAGGUGUUCUCAGACAUUAAAAUUCUAUUAAGUAUUAAUCAUUGUAAUUGUUUGCUCUUACAACUUGAUAAUUAUAGUCAGUAAAUAUAAAACAAAUGUUAUUAUGAUAAAUUUAAGCUCAGAUUUACAGACAGCUAUUAUGCAAACAUAAUUUUAAAAUAUGUCACUGAAUCUUUUAAACUGAUUGGAGUUUGAAUUUUGUAUAAUUCAGAAUAAAAGAUAUUUUGUGUGUAGGUCUUGAA